AUGACAAAAAUAACACCGUAUGAACAGCAAAGACUAGACAACAUUGAACGCAAUCGCCAGAUUUUAGCCCAGUUCAAUCUUGAAGAAGCAAAACAAGCAUGUCGUAAUGACAUUCCCAAUACACCAACACCACUGCCUAAAAGGAUAUCAAAAAGAACUUUUAAAGAAUCCACUGGCAAUUCAGAAUCUACAGUAACAACACUAACACUAACAAGAACAGCAGCAGCAGCAGCAGCAGCAUCGAAAUCAAAAGCCAAAAAGAUCAAGACAACUCAAAGCGAAAGGCCAAAGAGACAAUCAUCUAGACUACGGGGAGUGGAGCCGGUCCCGUUUGUAUUGGUAGAAAACGACAAUGGGAUCGAGAGAGGUAGACUGGCGGUAUCCGGGACUGCGGGUGAUGCCAUCAUAGACGAGGAAUUGUGGGACGGGAAAUUGCUAAAGGCAGACGAAUACUUUGACAAGGAGACGUGUGAAAAGGCCAUACGGACUCAGGGUCAUUUUCUGGGCUGGAUCAAUCCUGCCCUGAUCGAGAAAUAUGAAUUUGAGUUGUCUGCGUCAGAAGCAUGGGAGAAAAACGGGGGAGGCAAGUUUUCCUUUACUGAUCCGCUCAACAACAAGAAAAAGGGGAGCACAAGUAAGAUCAAUGCAAAGGCAGUAGCCCAAAUGAUGUUUAAAAAGAACCCAAACAUGUACUUUUACCGACACAAUGAACCAGGCGUGGGCCAAUGGACAGGCGAUUGGACUGCUGAAGAAAAGGAAAUAUUUCUAAAGGUGGCACGAGAACAUGGCUGUGGUGACAAGUGGGGUGUAUUUGCUAGUUAUAUUCCACAUCGGGUUGGCUACCAAUGCAGUAAUUUCUAUCGUAGUGAACUUCUCCCUGCUGGACUGAUUUUUGACAAGAACUAUGAGUACACACCUUCUGGCAGACCCAUCUAUGUAGGUGGCCGUCGGUCUGGUCCAUAAGUAUCAUGCUUUUAUUUCUGAGAGUCUUAAUGGAAUACAAGACAUGGUAUGAUAUUGCAUACAAAAAAAAAGAAAGUAGUCUUUAUAUACCUGCUUUGUAUAUUUAUAUAUAUAUAAAAAAAGAGUAAGCUUAAAAGAUCAAUAGCAUGUGCUCUUUACAAUAUAUACAUUUGUAUAUUC